GUGAGUAACGCCGUGGCCAUCGUUCGACCUCCAGGUCAUCAUGCUGAGAGAGACGCUGCCUGUGGUUUCUGUCUCUUCAACUCCACGGCACUCGCUGCACGCUAUGCACAAAAAGUUUCCCCUGAUACCCUGCUUCGAGUCCUGAUCCUGGACUGGGACGUUCACCAUGGCAACGGGACGCAGCACCUGUUUGAAGAUGAUGACAGCGUUCUGUACAUCUCCCUCCAUCGCUAUGACAACGCAACAUUCUUCCCACAUUCAGAAGAUGCCGCCUCUAACAGGGUGGGCGUGGCCAAAGGGGCGGGGUACAAUGUGAAUGUGGCAUGGUGUGGAGGACGAAUGGGCGACUCUGACUACCUCGCAGCUUUUCACCAUGUUGUUAUGCCGAUUGCCACAGAGUUUAACCCAGGUCUGGUUCUGGUGUCGGCCGGGUUUGAUGCUGCUCGAGGUGAUCCAUUGGGUGGAUAUCAUGUGUCUCCAGAGGGAUACGCCCACCUCACACACAUGCUGAUGUCACUGGCCGGUGGGCGUGUCCUCAUCAUCCUGGAG